AUGGUGUAGAAUUGGAAGCUUUUGAAGAAGAGAACUUGUCAUUUUGGUUUACAAUAAAUAUAAUAGAUUACAUCAAAACUGGUGAAUUCGAAGCCAAUGGUGCCUUUAAUAAUUGCAUAAUGAAAUUAAAGAACAGAGAUAAUGAUUAUAAAGAAGCCCAAUUUAUUGAAGAUAUCAGCAAAAAAGAUUUAUUGCAAACACUUGACCAUUUUUCUACUUCUUACGCUGCCACCACUACCGCUGCUACUGCUCCCACCAUCACCACUACUGUCGCUACUGCUCCCACCACCACUUGUUCUCAUUCUCGUACACCCUCUCCUUCUCGCACUUGUGCUCACCGGUCAUGA